GAAGAGGUGUGGAAGUAGAAACCACCAUAGAAACAAACACUAAACCCUUAUCCCCUAAAUUUCCCACCUCUCUCCUAACAACCAUGGCCUGCUCCUCAUCCAUUAUCGGCGUCUCCUCCAUAUACCAACCCAACCCCACCCUCGACCCCAAGAAACCCACGCCGCCGUCUCUGCACCUCCAUUUCUCCGCCGCCCGCAACAGUUUGAGAGCUUUCUCGUCGUCGCGUCACAAGUCCGGCGCGGGUCUUGCAGUAUCCUUCGUGCCGUCGGCCAUCGCGACCUCGAACUCGUCGGUGUUGAGCGAGGAGGCGUUCAAGGGGCUCGGAGGUUUCGGAGACGUUAGCGACGGCGAGUACGGCGAAUUGGAGGAGGAUGAGUCUGGGAACGUGGACGAGCUCGAUAUUUCUAGGAUUGGUUUGCCCCAGCGGCUCGUGGACACGCUUAAGAAGCGUGGUAUUAAGGAGCUUUUCCCCAUUCAGAGGGCUGUUUUAGUCCCAGCACUGGAAGGCAGAGACAUAAUUGCACGAGCAAAGACUGGGACUGGCAAAACAUUGGCAUUUGGUAUUCCCAUACUCAAAGGACUUAGUGAUCAGGAUGAAGAAAGUUUUCCUAUAAGACGAGGUCGGCUUCCAAAAGUACUGGUUCUUGCGCCUACCCGGGAGUUGGCUAACCAAGUCGAGAAAGAAUUUAAAGAGUCUGCUCCAUAUUUGAACACUGUUUGCGUCUAUGGAGGGAUUUCAUACGUCACACAAGAGAGUGCACUUUCUCGUGGUGUUGAUAUUGUAGUUGGAACACCCGGUAGAAUCAUAGACCUUAUCGAUAAAAACUUCCUGAAAUUAGGAGAAGUUCAGUACUUGGUUCUCGAUGAAGCCGAUCAAAUGCUUGCUGUGGGGUUUGAGGAGGACGUAGAAGUCAUUCUUGAGAAGCUUCCAUCACAAAGGCAGAGCAUGCUUUUUUCGGCUACUAUGCCUGGGUGGGUAAAGAAACUAGCAAGAAAGUUUCUGGACAAUCCUCUAACCAUUGACCUUGUUGGCGAUCAGGAAGAAAAAUUGGCAGAAGGGAUUAAGUUGUAUGCUAUAUCCACCACUGCUGCUUCUAAACGGACGAUUCUCAGUGAUCUUGUGACGGUUUAUGCGAGAGGCGGAAAAGCCAUUGUUUUUACGCAGACCAAACGAGAUGCGGAUGAAGUCUCUCUAGUACUAACAAAUAGCAUCGCCUCGGAAGCACUGCAUGGUGACAUUUCUCAGCACCAGAGAGAAAGAACUCUAAAUGGUUUUAGACAAGGAAAAUUUACAGUGCUCGUUGCCACUGACGUUGCUGCUCGUGGGCUUGAUAUUCCGAAUGUUGACCUUAUUAUUCACUAUGAGCUUCCAAAUGACUCGGAAACAUUCGUGCAUCGAUCUGGACGGACGGGACGUGCAGGAAAACAAGGCACGGCCAUUUUGAUGUUCACAAGCAACCAACGUAGGACAGUGACGACUCUCGAGAGGGAUGUUGGGUGCAGGUUUGAAUUUGUUAGUCCGCCUUCUGUUCAAGAGGUUUUGGAGUCAUCAGCCGAGCAAGUAGUUGCCACCCUUGGUGGAGUUCAUCCCGAAUCUGUUGAGUAUUUCACUCCAACUGCCCAAAAGCUGUUUAAACAGAAAGGGGUCGAUGCUCUUGCUGCUGCUAUAGCAACUUUGAGUGGCUUUUCCCGGCCUCCGUCAUCUAGGUCGCUUAUUACUCACGAGCAGGGUUUGGUUACAUUACAGAUGACCCGUGAUAGAGGGUACCUAUCUGCUAGAUCUGUUACUGGUUUUCUAUCUGAUGUCUAUUCUGCUGCUGCUGAUGAAAUAGGAAAAAUACACCUCAUUGCUGAUGAAAAGGUUCAAGGAGCAGUUUUCGAUCUCCCAGAAGAGAUUGCGAAAGAGUUGCUGACUAAGGAACUUCCAGUGGGAUUCGUGAUCACCAAAAUAACCAAGGUGCUGCCCCCGUUGCAAGAUGAUGGGCCUCCAAGUGAUUUUUAUGGCCGAUUUUCAAACACCGAUAGGAGAGGUGGUUCAAGGGACAGGAGAGGUUCUAGAAGUUCUCGAGAUUGGCCGAAAAAUGAUGAUGAUUAUGAAGAGGGUAGAUUUAGAAGAGGUGGCAGCAGGGGCAGAAGUGACAGUAAAUGGUCUAGAAGCUCGAGAAGCAGUACUGACACUGAUUGGCUGUUUGGGGAUGAUAAACAAUCAAGCCGCUCCCCGUCUUAUGGGAGCCGCUCCCCGUCUUAUGGGAACCGAUCCUCAUCUUAUGGGAAUCGAUCCUCAUCUUACGGGAACCGAUCCUCAUCUUACGGGAAUCGAUCCCCGUCUUCUGGUGGCAGAGAUAGAUCCGCCUAUGAAGAUUCGGACAUGUUGCUUGAGGAUUUGAGGGAGCAUGUUUCGUCUGUGGGAGGACUGGUCACAGAGCAUCAGAAUGUCCCAGCAAGAACGAUUAUUAGUCUCGGCUGCCACUUAAAUUAUCCCGUCCUCGUAAAAGUUGAAAAGCCGUAGCCAAACAUGCCCUUGGGUGUUGGGCUCUGUGCAGAAAUGCAGUUGAAGAAAUACAGUGUGAAGAAUUGCUACCUUCUGACGAGUGGGGUGAUUUUUGGUUAUCGGAAACUGGAAUCCCAUGUGAAAGGAUAUAUGCAUGUAGGAUAGGACUCUUAAUUACUUUUUUCCGUUGUGUGUUUUGGUGUAUCAUUAAGUUACAAACAGAAUCCUGGAUUUUUCAGUUCAAACACUUGGUCCAAUGCUAUGCAUCUUUCAUAAGAAUUAUGCCUUUUUAUUAUCUAUCUCUUAACCAUGUUCAUCUUCUCUCUUUCUCAACUUGCCUUAUGCUUGGAAAGCACAAUGCACCUCCAGUCUGAUAAAUAAACACCACAAUUGAGG